AUGGACACGGAAGAGAUCGGGGCUCCGGGCGAGAGGCUCGUGUCCUGGGCUCGCACACACGGCGCCUUCGUCUGCGAGUCAGCAGAGUUUCUGGUUCCCUCCCCAUUGGGGGAUGGGGACCGUACGGUGCGUGCAAAGGGGGACGUGGCCGAAGGCACUCAGCUGCUGCGGCUGCCACGGGCCUUGGCCUUCGCCCUGCCGCAGGGCAGCGCCUCCGGUCCUCUCGGGGUCGAGCCGGAAUUCCUUGAGGCUCUGCAGACGGAGGCCGCUAGAGACUUUGCAGAGAUCAAGCAGCGUUGCCCACCGAGCAAGAACGCUUUGGUCGCAUUGCUGCUUUGCCGAGAGCGCAUCCGUGACUCGUCGCCCUUUGGGGUCUACCUGGACUCCUUGCCGAAAAGCUUUCCCACGAUGCCGCUGCUGGAUGAUGAUCCGCCAUGGUGUCAGGGCGCUACGGCCGAUGUAGAUGACGGCACGGCUGGCGAGGACCGGCCGUGGAUUUAUCGAGGGACCGCCCUGGAGAUCCUGGCCCACGCUGAGGCUGGUCUCGCGGGUGCGGAAGGGAUCCAGGCCAUGCAGAGGCUUGUGGCGUCGACCCGGCCCUUCUGGCCGCAGGAGCCCCCCGAGGCCCAACUUCGCUGGGCCGCGGCGAAUGUUCAGUCGCGUGCACACGCAGCUCAAGGAGGAGGGACUAUCUUGAUCCCCUUGGCGGACUGCUUCAACCAUUCACCCACGAGCCCCGGAUUCAAGGAACGCCAACUGUGA